UGCCAUCAUUCAAAAAUAUAAAAGAAUCCAUGUGCGCACGUGCACCUAGGAACAUAUAUAUAUUUAUUUGAAAUUAGUAUUGUUGAAAGCUAUAAUUUCAUCUUUCCUCUUAAUUGAAGAUUUUAAGGUUAUUUUCGUACUUUAAUUUCAAAUUUGAUUACUAAUUGAACAGGUCGAAACCAGGAAUCAAAAUUGACGAAUCUACAAGUUCUUGAUUUAUCUGAUAAUUUCAUAACCAACAUCAUAUGGUCUUCUCUAAAAGAAUUUUCUUCAUUGAAAGUAUUGGAUUUGUCUUGGAACUACAUGAAUGAAAGUAUUUCUAUUCAAGACUUAGCAAACGUGAGCCACUUGGAAGAAUUAUACUUGGAGGGUGCUACCCUACCUAAUGAUUUUCUUUCAAAUAUUGGUGCCCUGACAUCACUUCAAGUUUUGUCAUUGACUUGGUCAGGACUUAUUGGGACCCUGCCCUCUCAUCAAGGUUUGUGUGAAUUGAAGACUCUUCAAGAGAUUGACUUGAGCUCUAAUGGACUAGUGGGUCAAUUGCCUUCGUGCUUGAGAAACUUGACAUCUCUUAGAUUUCUGGAUAUCUCUAACAACCAGUUUAUUGGGAACAUUACGAUGUCUCCUCUUACCAGUAUCAUAUCCUUAGAAUAUCUUAUACUUUCAAAUAACAAAUUUCUAGUCCCAAUCUCAUUCAAGUCAUAUUACAACCUCUCCAAACUUAUGGUCCUGGAAAGUGUCAACAACAUUCUUUUGAAAGAAGAGGACAUUCUUGGCUCAGCCCCAAGUUUCCAAUUGGUUCGAAUCCAUCUUUCUAGUUCUCAACAUGGGAGAAACACUUUGAUGUCUCUGCCCAAAUUUUUCUACUAUCAAAAUCAACUCAAAAUGGUUAAGCUCUCUGGAUUUGAUUUUGGAGGAACAUUCCCAAGGUGGUUGUUGGAGAAUAAUACUAGACUACUAACACUUACCCUAACAAAGAAUUUAAUUUCUAAACCUUUCCAAUUGCCCUCAUCUCCAAUGACAGAACUUGUAACAUUAGAUAUCUCCAACAAUAAUUUUUGUGGUGCCAUCCCAUACAAGAUUGGUAGUUCUUUCCCCAAGUUAAAAUUGCUAAACAUGUCUAGAAAUAACUUUGAAGGCAUGAUUCCAUCUUCAUUAGGUGACAUAACCUCUCUAUCUAUUCUAGACUUGUCAAAUAAUCAAUUAUUCAGUAAAAUUCCUGUACAUUUGGUAAUGGGUUGUAGCUUUUUGGAAGUGCUAAAACUAUCAAGCAACAACUUGACAGGCCCUAUACUACCCCCUCAAAAUAACUUGCCAAACUUAUGGUUGUUACUUUUGGAUGAUAAUAAGUUCACAGAAAUCCCACACUACUUAUCCAACAGUAGUGGCUUGCAAAUGUUGAAUCUUAGCCAUAAUCAUCUUGGAGGUAUGUUUCCUGUUGAGUUUUGUCAAUUUGAUGGACUACAACUAUUGGAUCUUUCUGACAACAAUUUCACUGGGACAAUACCAUCUUGCUUCAAUGUGGAAAACCUAGAGCAAAUUCAUCUAUCCAAUAAUAUGCUAAAUGGACCAUUUCCUGAGGUGUUUCAUCGAUUAAUAAACAACUUAAAAAUAAUAGAACUUUCAAAUAACCAUUUUAAUGGCAGCAUUCCAAAUUGGAUCAACAGUCUUUCAUGGUUAAGAAUUCUUAUCUUGAAAAAUAACCACUUUGAAAAUAAUAUCCCAUAUCAAAUUUGUCACUUGUCUAGAUUAACCUUGAUUGAUCUUUCUUCCAAUAAGUUUUCGGGCAACAUUCCUAGUUGCUUCAAUAAUAUCCCAUUUGAUACAGAAAAUGAAUUAGAAGUGUUGACUCCUUCAAUUAUUCUAAUUGUGGAAGCACCCUUGAAGUCUAACCUAAAGAUUUAUAGUCAUCGUGGCUACUCAAUGCUUGGUAUCACAGACGACAUCUUUCCCGCAAAUCAAACAUUUUUCUCAUUACAAGUGGAGUUCACAACCAAAGGAAUGGCCUUGCUCUUCACAGGAGAGCCUUUGUUACUUUUUUCAGCAAUUGAUCUAUCCAACAACAAAUUAGUUGGCCACAUACCACUUGAAAUUGGCAACCUUGGCAAAAUCAAAGCACUGAACCUUUCCUACAACAACCUGAUUGGAGGAAUCCCCACAACAUUUUCCAAGUUACAGAAUAUAGAGAGUUUGGAUCUUUCUCACAAUAACUUAAAUGGGAAUAUCCCCUUUCAGCUUACUGAUCUAUACUCACUGGUGACGUUCAAUGUGUCGUACAACAACUUUAGUGGAAUGAUACCUCAAGCAACAAACCAAUUUGGAACUUUCGACUCAACUAGCUAUAUUGAGAAUCCAUUUCUUUGUGGAGAACCAUUACCAAAUAAUUGCAUUGAUUCACCUCCAUUAGUUCCUUCAGCCAAUAAUAAUGCAAGUCAUGUGGUAUCAAACUUUAUCGAUAUGAACACUUUUUAUACAAGCUUUGUAGGGUCUUACAUAGCUAUUUUACUAGCUAUUGCGGUAAUUUUGUAUAUAAAUCCACAUUGGAGACGGGCAUGGUUCCAUGUUAUUGAGGUUUUCAUCAUCUCUAGCUACUACUUUGUUGUGGAUCAUAUGUAGAGAAUCAAAGUUGGUUUCCUUCGUAGAUACUAAUAAUCACCCUGGUCAAGUAAUAUUGUUGUUGUAUGUAUAUCCUCCUGGACUUCUUUGUUAA